AUGGCGACCGCUGGGCCUGGGAUUGAGGACCAAAUUUACGCUGCUACUUACAGCAAUGUCCCGGUCUACGAGUUUAAAGUCGGGUUGGACAGUGUGAUGAGGCGGCGCCACGACGAUUGGAUCAAUGCUACUCACAUUCUUAAAGUCGCCGGACUUGAUAAGCCAUCGCGAACCCGUAUCUUAGAACGAGAAGUCCAAAAAGGCACGCACGAGAAAAUACAAGGAGGGUAUGGAAAAUAUCAAGGUACCAGACACUACACUGCAGGAACCUGGGUACCUCUUCCCGACGGACGUCACCUCGCUGAAAGAAAUAAUGUGUUGGACGUGCUAUGCCCGAUUUUCGAUUUCGUCCCUGGCGACACGACCCCGCCCCCGGCUCCCAAACACACCACUGCAGCGUCCUCGAGACCCAAAGUUCAAAAGCUGGCUGCUCCGGGUAAGCGAGGCGGCAGGGCGGCUUCCUUCUUGCAUCCACGCACUGCCAAGGCGGCGAGCUUUGUCCAUAGCCAAGAUGCACCGUCUCAAGUUCCGCAGUCAUUUAACGACGAUGAAUCUCUGGCCCAGGCUAGUGUCGAGUCGUCUUCAGCUCUGGCAGAGGAAGAUAUUGCCCAGCUGUCUCAGCGGUCGACCCAUCAACGAAAACGCAAAAGGGGCGGGGAUGCAAAUGGAUUGACGGCAGCGGAACAGCAACACAUCGUAUACGGCGAUGAACUUCUAGACUACUUUAUGACUGUCGGAGAUGUGCCUGCGGGGAUAAGGGUACAACCGCCGGUCCCUCCUACGCCUUUUCAACCCGAUCGACCUAUCGACGACCAGGGGAAUACUGCAUUGCACUGGGCAUGCGCUAUGGGAGCGUUGGAUGUAGUCAAUGACCUUAUUGCUCGAGGAGCCAAUAUCUGCGGUCUUACAUCACAUGAUGAAACUCCUCUUGUGCGAGCUGUGUUGUUUACGAACAAUUAUGAGAAGCGGACGAUGCCAGAGCUCACAGAAAUUCUCAAGGACACGAUCAAUUUUCGAGAUUGGUUUGGCGCCACUGUUUUCAAUCAUCUUGCCGUUGCGACAAAAAGUAAAGGGAAAUGGAGGAGUUCUCGGUAUUACUGUCAAGUUUUGAUCGCUAAGCUCUCUGAGAUGUAUCCGCACCAUGAAGUAGGGCUGCUACUGGCCUCGCAAGAUUCAAACGGCGACACAGCUGCCCUUACCGCGGCCAAAAAUGGGUGUUAUCGGCUCGCUGAAAUCUUGCUGACCAAAUGCCCGGAGGCUGGUAAUCUUCCGAACAAACAUGGCGAAACUGCAAAUGAGGUGAUGAUGAUGAUCCAGCAGCAACAGGUCCAGAGAGACUACCCGCAUCGCCCAUCUUCUGCAACGCAAUGCAGCACCCACGAGGGCGAAGACUUGGUGGAGUCCCACAAUACUGUGACCCAGUCCCAACAAACUAGCCCAAAUGAAGCGACGACGGUGCUGCUCAAGAAGAUCGGCAUAAUUAUGGAUGACUUUAGCGGGAAGCUGGCGCGCGCCUAUGGCGAAGUGAGGUCGCGACCUCAGAAUUUUGAUGGAAAGAGUCACCCAAGAGAGAUAUACGAGCAAGUGGAAGCAGAACGUGAAAGUAUCCGCAAGGAAAAAGAGGAGACACUGUCAAAGGAAGCCGAAUGUGAUCGUUUUGAGGCGUUGGUGUCGUCCCAUAAUGGAGCAAAACAAAGGUACGAGUCGUUCCUUGAGCGUACUCAGAAACUCGUCCUCAACAAACGUCUUGCGGCCCACGAUAGCGAGGCUGCUCCAGGAAAGGAGAACCAGCCAGCGACCACCGACGAUGGUCCCGAGGAGCUCCUCCAGAAAUUGCAAAUCCUCCGUAAACUCUCACGGACAGAAACCGUUCGUCGAAGCGGGGUCAAGGACAUUGUCUCGCACCGUGCAGAUGCCGGCCCCGACGCUAGAUUGAAUGUUCACCGGAAACUUGUUGCGCUGGCCACCGGACUCUCCGAGAAGGACCUCGACCCUAUGGCGAAAGACCUUGCAAGCAAUCUUGAAUUCGCGCGAGCACAUCAGAGCCGACCAAACCCGGCGCCGUCAAACGCCGGGACUCAGCCAAAACGAAACCCAUCGCAAGAACCUGCCGUUGGGGCAAACGCUGGCGUUUGA